UUGUUCGUCGUAUACGAAUUGUUUUAUCUCAGCUCAUUAGAUACGCUGCACCUUACAACGUCGUUUGUAGUGCGUUUCAUCAGCAUAAGUCUCAGCAUCAGCGCAUCGGGUCUGAGGAAGUUCUUAAAUAGUUUGAAUCUUCUCUCGCAUUGUAUCAUUGCAAGUUGGUUGAUUGAAUAAAAAGGUUGUGUUACAAUUGUGAGUUAGUCAAAAUUUUGGAUUACUCAUGGAAAGGACUAAGUUUCGUGAAUCGAUAUGGCUAGUCGUACUGCUAUGUAUCAGCGGAUGCUUUUGUCAACAGAACUCAUUAUUCCAGCAGAAUCCUUAUCGCAGACAGCAAGGACUUCUAAGACAACAACCCUUCCCCACCCCACUGCCACCAAUUGUUACACCGCCUACUUAUAGGGGUUAUAACCAAUACAAUCCACAAAAUUAUGUCCCCAUCACUGCCUACCAAAAUGAAAUUAACUAUGACGGAAGUUUUGCUUAUGGAUACUCAUCGGGAGAUGGAACAACGGCACAAGCCCAAGGCUAUAUCAAGAAUCCAGGAGUGAAGGAUUUGGAGGCACAAGUGGUUCAGGGAUCUUACUCAUAUACUUCUCCUGAAGGAACACCCAUUCGGGUGACUUACAUUGCAGAUGAAAAUGGUUUCAGAGCCGAAGGAGCUCACAUCCCAACUCCUCCUCCAAUCCCAGACGCAAUCGCAAAAUCUCUGCAAUAUAUCGCCAGUCUGCAACCCUACAACCAAAACAUCAAUCCUAAUUUAAAUCCCUAUCAGACUCCUCUACAACCAUUCCAAGGUCAGCAACCAUUGCGUCCAGGACAACUGACUCCUCUCCAAUUACAACAGAAAGGAUACGAUCAGCAGAACUCAGGACAAUACCAGGCAGACAAUCAAUUUCCUCAAUUUCAGCAGAGACCAUUUGGUCAGCAAUUUCAAGAAACCGGAACAACAUCGAUUCCCCAGCAUCAACAGCAUAAUCUCCAACAGCAACAGCAGAAGCAGCAGCAACAACAGCAGCAACAGCAACAACAACAGCAGCAGCAACAACAAAAUCAACAACAGCAACAAUUAUUGACUCAACAAUUACAAGGACGUCCCAAUCAGAUAAUCAGUCCAUUUGGCUACAAUAAAUAUCGACGUUUCAAGAAAUCAGUGGUUACUGCUAAGGAGGAAGAGGUAAAAUAACAUAUCCAACUCCAAUAAUUCACUGAUAUCUCCAUAAAAUAACUCGAACUGCUUAUCAAUAUUGUAUAAAUGUAUUCAUUAAAUUAUUAUAUUUUGAUGUCAUUACUUUUUAAGGAUAACCAAAAGUUUAAAGAAUUCUUGAAAAUGUACUAAACUUUAUAGUUAUUCUCUUAUUUUAAUGUCUUACUCUAACUCAAACAAUACAAUAGUCAAAUUUUAUAAAAUCAAAUAAAAAUACAUUAUAUGUUACAAACA